CAAUGUUCGUUAUCAGUUGAAUUCCGAAUAUAAAACUCAUUAUAAAUAUCUAGUAACAGCUCAUAAAAAAGUUAAUAGUAAUUUUUUUAGUGCAAUAGAUCUAAGAAUUAAAAAAAAUGAAUUUGUCUACAAUCACUUCAGUAUUAUUAAUUAUUUUUAGUAUUCAUUUGACUAUAGGACAAGGUUAUAAGUCAAGACGGAUUCAUCGACGCGGAAGGACUAGGCAAGCUUCUAAUAAUGGCGAUUGGAGACUUAAUAUCAUUCAUACAAAUGAUAUGCACUCAAGGUUCGACGAAAUAUCAGCAUCGGCAACCCCAUGCAGUGAUAAACAAAAAGAAAAGAAUGAAUGUUAUGGUGGGUUCGCGAGAAUAUCUACUUUGGUUCAACGGGCAAGAAAAUCAUCGACUCCAACUUUAUUUUUGAACGCCGGAGAUACUUACUUUGGGUCGACGUGGUUCAUUCACUAUGGAUGGGAAAUAGUUGCCAAGUUUUUAAAUAUUUUGAAGCCUGAUGCUAUUUCAUUAGGAAAUCAUGAAUUUGAUUUAGCGCCAGAAGGAUUAAUACCUUUUAUAAAUAACGCAACAUUCCCAGUCGUAACAUGCAAUUUAGACCUCACAAAACAGCAAGAUUUAGCGGUACCAAAUCUUAAAAACUUUACGAUUAUCGAGAAAAAUGGAAGAAAAAUAGGAAUAAUUGGUUUCUUGACCAAAGAAACGGAAGUGAUAUCAAGUGUUGGGAGAGUUGUUAUUUUGGACGAAAUCGAGUCAAUAAGAGAUCAAGUAAAAAUAUUAAAACAAAAAGGCGUAAACAUAAUAAUAGCGCUCGGCCAUUCAGGUUAUGAACGCGAUAAGGAAAUAGCCAAAGCCGUUGAUGAUUUGGAUCUCGUUAUUGGCGGCCACACAAACACAUUUUUGUACAAUGGGACUGCGCCGGAUCAAGAAGUACCUGAAGGACUUUAUCCAACGACGGUGGUACAGAAAAACGGGCGCAAGGUUUACGUCGUUCAAGCUUUUGCGUACACUAAAUAUUUGGGUAAUUUGUCAAUUGUUUUUGAUUCUGAGGGUGAAAUAAAACAAAUUGAAGGUAAUCCUAUUCUGGUAAAUCACGAAAUUGAAAAGGACCAGAAUAUUGUUGAGCAAUUAAACGGUAUGAAACAACCUAUUGAUGAUCUCAUGAAUAAAACAGUUGGUCAAACGAAAGUUAAAUUAGAAGGAGGAAAAAUACCCUGUCGAGUACGGGAAUGUAAUUUGGGAAAUCUUAUUACCGAUUCAAUGGUCCAACACAAUGCUGGGCAAUACGGAGGUGACGAUGGAUGGACGGAUGCCGCAGUUGCUAUUUACAAUAGUGGCGCGAUAAAAACUUCUAUUGAUAAAUCACACGAUAUAACAAAGAAUGAUAUUUAUAACGUUUUGGCACAUUAUAAUGUCAUUGGAAAAAUAAGUAUGACUGGAAAAUUAUUACUGGAUGUUUUAGAAUUUAGUGUCGCAUCUUUGAAACCGGAUCCAGGUCCAGAUCCUUCAGGACGUUUCUUACAAGUCUCUGGACUAAAAAUUGUUUAUGAUUUAUUACAACCGGCUGGUUCAAAAGUCGUACGUGAUUCAACAUUAAUACGCUGUGCUGAUUGUGAUGUUCCAAAAUAUGAGAAAAUAAUAGAAGAUAAAAUAUAUAAAAUAAUAACUGUAGAUUUUUUACACACAGGUGGCGACGGUUUUGAAAUGUUAAAAAAUUUACCAUGGCAGUCUGAUAUUUCGGCAGAAACAACUCGUUAUGCGUUAGGCAUAUAUAUUGAGAAGAAUUCAAUUGUUUUUCCAUCUAUAGAAGAUAGAAUUAAGUUUAUUAAUGAACAGAAGACUGAUGAUUUUACUACUGAUGGCGAUACUUACAGUAUUGAUAUUGAUUUAGACAUUUUAAAUGAUUAAAUUUUUCAAUAGUAUAUACUAUUAUAUAGUAUUAUUAUAUACCAGAAUAUUCUGGAUGUUUUAAUUUUAGGUUAUGAUUUAAUCAGCGGUUAUUUUAGUCACAUUUUUAAACUGGACUUAAAUUAUAUUAAUAAGUUUUUUAAAUAACCAUUAAUUAUUUUUAAUGGCUCUCUCAUCCAACUGGCAAAGUAUUACCAAGUAUGUAA